GUGUUAUUCCAGUUGUCGGAAAUAAAACAAUCUAGGAUCGCCACUACUAAAUUCUAGCAUUUAUAGUCAAUCCUGCCAUUCCAAUCUUGACAUCACGUUAAUUCAUUAAUUCAUUAAAGUACAUAUUCACUUUUUUCCUUCAAACUGGUGAAAAUUCAAAGCAAAAAAGCGAAUGUGCGAUCAGUUGAGAAUAGUCUGUUUUUCUCUGGUUACGUGCCUUUAAAUAGCAAUUGCCAAAGGCCAAAAAGGAAGAGAGUCACAAGGAAAUGUGAAAACGUCACUUAAGGUGGGGUAAGAAUAAUAUAACACUUGUAAUUUUCAACGUCAUAGGCUGGUGGCGUGCAUUAGGGGGACACAAAUUCUUACAAAAUGAAGACAAAACAAAAUUGGAAUCAGUCGAGUGGUCUCAUCGAUCGGCAACGGUAGGAAAGAGAGUGUCACACAGCCGUUCACUAUAUAUCCAGUACACAUAAUCUUGCAAUCAUGGCUAACUACGCCACAAUGCUGCUGUUGCUGGUUGAUGUUUCUUUGAUGGCUGGAGAGGCCAUGGGUGGACCGAUGGGAUCGUCUUCAUCCGGGUACUACACCACCAAGGCUCCUGAGUACUACACAACGAAGAAGGCCGAGUAUUACACUACAACAUAUGCUGCCCCCUGCUACUACUAUCACUUGCCCGUCGCUUCCGUCCACGAAUACGAGCUCCCAGUCAGCCCUGUGCACAUCCCUUUCAACGGCAAAGGCUAUAAGAUUUAUCAAAUUUUUUAAAUUCUGAUCGAACAAAUUUUUUAAAUCCAUGUACUUAAUGCACUGACGCCUCUUGUGUUAUCGUUACAAAAUACAU